GCAGGAAGAGGAAAAAAAAAACGAGCCCGCCGCUGCCAACGCACCGCCGGCCUGAGGUGGUUGGGCAUCGGUUAUUCGUCGAACAGAGUCUCCUGGCUCUCUGUCGGAGAGUGAAUGCGGUUGAUGCUGUUCUGCUGCACCUGGAAGGACGAACGCAUGGGAGAGGAGGAAGCUGGAGGAAGUUUGCCCGUGUGCGCGGGGUGCAAACAGAGGAUCUACGAUGAGCAGUAUCUUCAGGCUCUCAACACUGACUGGCACACCGUCUGCUUCAGAUGCUGUGAGUGCAGCAGCUCGCUGUCCCACUGGUACUAUGAAAAAGAUGGACGGCUCUUCUGCAAAAAUGACUACUGGGCCAAGUUCGGGGAGAUGUGCCACGGCUGCACUGACCUUAUCACCACUGGCCUCAUUAUGGUCGCAGGGGAGCAAAAGUAUCACCCCGAAUGCUUCACCUGUCUCAAUUGCAGGACGUUCAUCGGUGAUGGUGACACAUACGCUCUGGUGGAGCGAUCCAAGCUCUACUGUGGUCAUUGUUACUACGAGACCAUCGUCACUCCCGUGUCGCUGCCGGACUCACCAUGCUCACGGAUCCCUCACACGGUCACGCUGGUGUCGAUCCCCGCCUCCGCCGAGGGCGCCAAUGGGUGCCGGGGGAGGGGCUUCUCAGUGGCUAUCGACCAGUCGCUCAGCCCGAAUGAAGACUGCAGUCCGGAACUCGGACGCACCGUCAGGGUCUCUCAGGUGGAUACUGACUGCAUUAGUCCAGAUGUGAAAAAUUCCAUCCAUGUGGGAGACAGGAUCCUCGAAAUCAAUGGGACGCCAAUCCACAAUGUUCCUCUGGAUGAGAUCGACCUGCUCAUUCAGGAGACGAGUCGCUUGCUCCAGCUCACCAUCGAACACGACCCUCACAGUCGGGUGCAAGAGGGGAGCACUUCAGAGCAGGCGGAUGGCCCGUUGUCCCCUCCGCUGCCCAGCCCCAUCUUGCCCAUCCUGCCUAUCACCCAAUCUCCAAUACCUGACGUGAGCAACCUGAAAUCACGCCUUGUCACGCGGAGCUACAGCAUCGAUAAGUCGCCAGGGUCCAGCAAAGCCGCGUCCCCCAUCUCGCCGAGGAAAGACAUCAACCGCUCGGAGUCGCUUCGAGUCGUCUCCAACCGGACACACCGCAUCUUCCGUCCAUCUGACCUCAUCCACGGAGAAGUGCUUGGGAAGGGCUGCUUCGGACAGGCCAUCAAGGUGACCCACAGGGAGACUGGAGAGGUGAUGGUCAUGAAAGAGCUGAUUCGCUUCGAUGAUGAAACGCAAAGAACAUUCCUGAAAGAGGUGAAGGUCAUGCGUUGCUUGGAUCACCCCAAUGUGCUUAAAUUCAUCGGCGUCCUCUACAAAGACAAGCGACUGAACUUCAUCGCAGAGUACAUCAAGGGCGGCACCUUGAGGGAAAUCAUCAAGAAAAUGGAUAGCAACUACCCUUGGAACCAGAGGGUCGGUUUUGCCAAGGACAUCGCCGCUGGGAUGUCCUAUCUGCAUUCCAUGAACAUCAUCCACCGAGAUCUGAACUCUCACAACUGUCUUGUCCGGGAGAACAACACAGUGGUGGUGGCAGACUUUGGAUUGGCGCGCCUCAUGGUGGACGAUAAACACGAGGAGAAGUUUUCGCAGGGGAAACUGUCGGGUCUGAAGAGACCCGAUCGGAGGAAGAGGUACACGGUGGUGGGGAACCCUUACUGGAUGGCUCCCGAAAUGAUCCACGGAAAGAGUUACGAUGAGAGGGUGGACAUCUUCUCGUUCGGUAUCAUGCUCUGCGAGAUCAUCGGCAGGGUCAAUGCUGACCCGGACUACCUCCCCAGAGCGGUGGACUUUGGACUGAACGUGUCGGGCUUCCUAGAGCACUACUGUCCCCCCGAUUGUCCCACGGCCUUCUUCCCCAUUGCCGCUGUGUGCUGUGACCUUGACGCUGAUAAACGCCCGGCUUUCUCCAAACUGGAGGGAUGGUUGGAGAACCUGAAGAUGCACUUGGACAUGGGCCUGCCACUGGUGUCUGAAAUGGAACAGCUGCACAAGGCCUUCUGGGAGAAAAACAACAUCACUCGGGCCGAAAACGGCCUGCACGUUCACACCGAACAGCAGGAAUAAGGCUGGACCGGACAGGAGGAAGGGUCCGAGGGACCCAAUCAUGCAAUGUAACUCUCUCUAUGCCCCCCUCCCCGAGCGGAUGCAAAACAUGCGGCUUGGCUCAGGCCUAGCAAGUAGACUCAGGAGGACCAACGUGCAUCUGAAAAGCCACUUUUUUUUUCAAAUGGAGUGCACAUCGUCUUAUGUCCAGUCUCGUGGCUGGAUUCUCUGCUGCACAUGAUGCUUAAGGCAGAGCAUGACGUACGCCGUCAGCAUCCACAUUCAGAUCAGUAUGCCACUCCCGUAUAAGGUAGAUUUUACCUUUGCCGUUACUCCAAAAUGUGUUUAUGUGGCUGAAACGGCUAAACGAUAAGUCAUAGAACAGCUUCUGUUUGCAACUCGAUUGAAAACAUUGUGCACGUGUUUUGCAAGUGCUACCGUGACUUAGCAGAGCGAGCCGGUUGUCACAAAACGUGUACGAACCGAGCUGCGUUUCACAUGUUCUCUAUCGUCGACUAGAGAGUGCAAGCCGAAACGGUUUGGUUUCAUUCUUACUCAUCGUGUCCCAAAACUUUUAAUGCUCAUUGUGUAGCACUGAUUCAACUGUGAGGUGAUCACACGCACACACACACACACACACACGGUUGUGGUGAAAUUGUGUUCGCAUCUCCUCCUCCCGGCUGACGUGGCAUCUUCAAUAUUCUAAUGUGCACUGGUGUACAUAAGUGGCGACGUUGUAAAUGUGUUAAAUAUUGUAAAUGUAAAGACAUAUUUUCUAUACGUAUUUGCAUCAUUGCUCUAUUUUUAUUGGCUGGCUUGACUCAAAACGACGGAGAUUGAAAGGUUUUGACUGGAGUUUAUGGGAAUCACCAUUUGAUAGGUCAUUAGUUUGUGACUGCAUCUCCCUCCAUUUGAUCUCACGCGGUGCUAAAUGUGUCAUCCGCUUUCUGUUCCGAUAGUUCCGUGCAUUGAAGCUUUUCCCUUCCUAUUUGGAAGUGGAUUAAAACACCCUUCAAAUUCUGCAACGCGAAAGUAGCCAUGUAGGUACGGUUGACGGUAUAUCUUUGUAUUGUUCAUCUUCAUAGUACCACAUUCUGGCUCCUACUCUGUGUCCACCUGCUGUAUGUUUACACGUCCAAUCCGUCUGUAGAUAUCACUUUAUACCGCGUUUUCAUCCGUUUGUCUGUGUCCAUGGCCGAAAUGUAUACAGUGGCACCCGCCUUGGAAAUGAUUGUUUCCACAAAAUGUCUCACUUGCACCUUUUCAAAUCUCUUGGCUGUAAACAAAAAAAAAAGUUGAUUUUUUUUUUUCCGGCUUCUGUUCACACAAGCUGCAUGGUACAAUUGCUGUAGUUGGUUUGCCUUUGAAGCCUGAAUAUUGUGAUGUUAAAUAACAUUUUUAAAUAAGAUAGUAAACAAAACAGCAUCUGUUUUACAUAUGAAAACCACUGAAAUCUUUUGUAUAGAUUUUCAUUUGCACUAUAUUAACCAAAAUGGCUAGUUUAAGCCAUGUUUCUUUUUAUCUCCUUCUUUUGGGCUACUUGUGAUAUUAAGAAAUUAAUGUUGGUUCAGGUUGAUUUCAUGAUGCAAGACACUGGUUGAGCCUUUCGAAAUAUGACAUUUGGGAAAAUCCAUCCUCUCGUAAUCAAACUGGUCUCGGAUUCGUAAAAUGAUGUCAUCUUUUUCGCGUUCUAUGCUCCUCUUUGAUUGAACAUCAACUAUGGGGACAAUUUAGUGUACAAUUUGGGUUUCAAAGCAUGUCCAGUUUGAAAGCUCCUGAGGAUCGAGUUUUCCUGUGUUAGCUUCUCUGAGGAUGCGGUGUCCCCACUCUGCUUGCUGCCUUGCUCAGUGGUCCUUUUGUCAACCAUGUUGUGUGUAAUGUCUGAUGGCUUGGCUGCAAACACUGACCGCUAGCUAGUCUUUUGCCCAAAGCGAAACCGAACUUCCGCCUCUUCGUUACUCCCCUUUGGCUCAGGGCUGUUGUUUCCUGGUUUUCCUUCACCAUGAAGUCAAUGCAGAACACAGUAACAGUCUACGUAAAGAGCAUGUCAUCACUAUCGAGCCUGCUAAUCACGAUUGCUUAUUCAGAGCAGACUUCUGCGGUGAUGUGUUUCAAGUGUACAUGUUCCUAUCUGUAUUUCCUGUGUGAGCCAUGUGAGCACGUUGAUGAUGUCUCAUUGGGGACGAUGUGAUGAGCAAUUAGAAUGUUGCCGCAGCACUUCUUUGCAAAGGAUCAAUACCUCUGAUCAAUGCUGUGCCUUUGUUGUAAGCUAGCCUUGCCAACGACUUGAAAAAUGAUCUGGUUUCCUGAUUUUUUUUAUUUUUUUUUGGUAUCGUACACGCAAGCAAAAUUUCAGUGUACUGAAUACUGUUUGUAUGAGAUUUUCUUCUCGUCCUUGCUGAUAUUUGUAUUUUCCUGAGCUUCGCUCUUUGUUUUCAUAUUUUAAUAUUCUAGUUAUUUUGUUGUCUUAUUUAAGUUUUACACAAGCUGUGAAAACAAUUCUGCACUUUAAAUCCUAAACGUGAACAUUCGUACUCUUGAGGAGGCGACGAGUGUUUUUUUUUUCUUUUUACUCCUUUUUUUUUUUGUCUGGGCUGAAAAUAAAACUUGCUCCAUAAACCA